AUGGCUGCCCAGUGUGCUCCCCUCCUGUUCCUUGCCUGUGUGUUGGCCCUGCCACAUCUCAGUAUGAGCACCCCAAGUCUGCCCCUCUUCAAUCAGUCUUCAAGCCGGGCAUCUCCUGGGAACACGUUAGUGGAAGGCCAGAUCCGGCUGGUGAAUGGCUCCAACCUGUGCUCCGGGCGGGUGGAGGUUUGGUACCGCGGGGAGUGGGGGACGGUGUGUGACGACGGCUGGGACAUGCGAGAUGCUGCGGUGGUGUGCAGGCAGCUGGGCUGUGGAGAGGCAGUGUCAGCCCACGGCAGCGCUCGCUUCGGCCAGGGCUCUGGGACCAUCUGGCUGGAUGAUGUCAACUGCAGCGGAGAGGAGCAGCUCCUGUCCCAGUGCUCGGCGCCGGGCUUGGGAGUGCACAACUGUCGGCACAGCGAGGACGCAGGCGUCGUGUGCUCAGGGCAGACGCCACAACCCAAGGACUGCAGUGAGAUCCCUCCUGGCAGCCCCAGUGGUGUCUACGUGAUCCAGCCCACAGGACUGCACCCCAUUGUGGUGUACUGUGACAUGAGUAUGGCAGGGGGGGGCUGGACAGUCAUCCAGAGGAACAACCAGACCACAGAGAUCACCUGGGCCGAGUCCUGGAGCACCUACAAGUACGGCUUUGGGAAUGUGCGCAGCGAGUACUGGCUGGGCACUGAGUACAUCCAUCAGAUCUCCAAGCAGAAGGUCUACCAGGUCAGGUUUGUCCUCUGGGAUGCCUCAAACAACAGCACCUUUGCAGACUACAGCCUCUUCUAUGUGGAAGCGGAGUCUGAGGGCUACCGGCUGAGGCUGGGAAGGUACCUGGGGAAGGCAGAGGAUGCCAUGACCUCAAACACUCCCACCACCACUCAUGACAACAUGAAGUUCUCUGCUAAAGACCGGGAUCAGGAUCUUCACAGCAGCAACUGUGCCUCCAGCUAUGGGGGUGGGUGGUGGUACUCGGCCUGUUACGCUGCACGGCUGAACGUCAAGGGGGGCAUAACCUGGCCCAGAUUCUGCAGUGGGAACUGCAAGGCUUCUGCCAUCCUCAUCAAACCCAUUACCUACUGCUAGAGCUUUGGCACUGCCCGU